AUGGCAAAUAUGGUCACUGCACGAAUAUAUCACACAGCAUCCCUCUUAUCAAAUGAAACAAUACUGGUUAUAGGUGGAUCUAAUACUACUGUUACUCACAGAAGUGUUGAACUGUACGAUCGAUCAUCUAACACCUGGACACCAAAAGCAGAUUUGAUCAGUCCAAGAGAAUACCACACUGCAUCCAUCUUAGCAGACGGAAGAGUGCUAGUUACUGGUGGGUGGGCUGGCUCGAGUACAUCCGACAGCGCUGAAUUGUAUGAUCCAUUCAACGACACUUGGACGUCAGCAGGAUACAUGAGCACUAGACGUCAAAGUCACACAGCAACUGUGUUGAAGAAUAAACUAGUGUUAAUUGUGGGUGGUAAGAGCACACUGCACGGUGGUUUUCUCGACAGUGCUGAAUUAUAUAAUCCGUCCACGGGCAGUUGGACAACAACAAAAAGUAUGCGUACAGCACGACUAUUUCACACAGCAACCCUCUUAGCGGACGGAACGGUGUUGGUUAUAGGUGGAUCUCGUGGUGAUGCUUCUCUGAACAGUGUUGAUCUAUACAAUCCAUCGACUGGCACUUGGACAAAAAGAGCAAGCAUGAGUAUUCCACGAGAAUACCACACGACGUCUGUUUUAGAAGACAGUCGAUUGUUAGUCGCAGGUGGUUAUUCGAAUAACAAUAUACUAAGCAGCGCUGAAAUAUACAAUACAUCGGCUGACACUUGGAUGCCAAGAGGAAAGAUGAAUUCGGAACGAUGCUAUCAUACAGCAUCCGUUUUAACAAAUGGAGCUGUCUUAGUUGCUGGCGGAGAAGAUAACCGACAAGUUAUCGUGAGCAGCGCUGAUUUAUUUGACUAG